AUUUUACCAGUUUUAAAUUUGACAAGUUAAUAUAAAAUUAUUGUAUAGCAAUAAAAACUCAAGGACUUUUAUUUUGAAGUGGCAUGACUUUCUAUUAUGUCCAGCUUCACAGAAGCACCGCGCGAUGCACUGAACUUGUGUAGAGAUGACGAUGUCAGCACGCUUAAUCCGCAUUUCCCGUCUUCCUCUAUAUGUGUGCCGGUGUCAUCAUGCAGGGCUCAUUUCACAAGCUCACGUGCAAUACAGCGGAGACCUGGCACACGCGGGUCGACGGAUGCCCAUUACAGUCUCACGCACCCUGCAAAUUCAACCUGUUUCAUUCUGCUCUGACUUUGCAUCAAGGAAAUACGAUCUAAUUUAUGCUUUUCCGGCUAUCAAAGGUCUGCGAGCUCUUUCAAGACUCAAACUGAUGCAGACGGGCAUCACUGUCGUCUUACUGCCCACUGUGUAUUACCUCUACCCAGGACAGGCCUCAGGAAUGCUGAUGAGUUACACCACAGGUAUAGCAGUGUUUGCUGGCGUCAUGCUGUACUCCAUAAGCCACUAUGUCAGAAGAGUGGUUGGCAUGAUGUAUCUGGAUUCAACGCAGACCGUCUUAAAGGUGUCACACCUGACCUUCUGGGGUCACAGACGGGACAUAUACAUGCCUGUGUCUGAUGUCGUGACUCUGGGAGAUUCAGGGGACACCAAAGGAGAACCGAUCCUUCGUUUAAAGCGCUACAGCAGUUCUGAUACAAUGUACUUCUCUACCAGACUGGGGCGAGUGGUGGACAAAAACGCCUUUGAGAAGGUUUUUGGGAGUUUGUCAUGAAUUCAUGUUUAUUUAACGUCAUGUUAUACGCCACUGGAUCUCAUUGAAAAGUGACAAAUAAAGAUGUGUUAAAGUAUA